CAGCGAUGCUCGAGACUCGCCGCAAGCUGCUUAAUGCGGCGCUUUCUGGCAAUAUGAUCCUGUCCUGCGCACUGUUACUGGCCACCAUGUUCCUGAUGGAGACUCCGUAUGUAGGAUUCGAUGCUGCAGUCACUGCUGGUGUCUAUGUGGUCUUCACGUUCGUGGCCAUCGUCAUCCUGAGCAAGACGCCUUCAGCGUUUUCUAUUGGAUUUCUAGUUGGAGCAUCGUCGCUCGUGCUAGUGCUAUCGUUCCAGGGGUCUCUCUAUUGGGGACUCGAGGCACACAACAAUCCACGACGGAGGACCGCAGCAUUUAUGGCGUCUGGACUUCACGCCGUGAUAUUCACAGUGCAGUGUGUCGUUACCACCGUAGUAGUGAAGUCCAAGGAAGACGUCAUCGACACUUACGCAGCGUACGAGUACAUUCCUGACACCAACUACCCCGACCACACAGUCAUGACAAAUAUCUCGCACACAGCGUCGCCUAUCAAUUACCAAGCGACCAUCCCCACAGCCGACAUUUGAACCCAGACUUGGCCUGUCAUUGUAAAUUCUGAGUAAAAUGUGCUAGUCACAGAAUGGCCCGGCA